GAGCACGCCAUACACGACGACGUGAUAGCUUUGGUGAAGUCGUCGGCGAAAGUGACCCUCAAAAUCAAGUCCGUGGGGAUGAUCCCCAUCCGGGACCGGCUCACGGAUGUGCUCACAUGGAAACUACUGACCAGUGGGACGGGCGGGGGUAUAGGGGGCGGCCACUCGCUUACCUCAUCCCUAGACAGCGGGAGUCCGUCGCCGCCCUGGACUACGACCUCACCGUCCGAUUCGCACAGCGAUAGCGAGGGUCACGACUGUCUCGAAGCCAACGUUUAUAUCGAUUUGAAGGGCAAAAGUUUGGGCUGUUCUGUGGUUAAGGGACCGCCUAAUUCACCAGGUAUUUUCGUGCAAAGCGUGAAAAGCGGCGAAAUCGCGGCCCAGAGUGGGCUGGAAGUGGGCGAUCAGAUCAUAGCCGUGAACGGCGUCGACGUGUUGCACAUGGAGUUCAGUGACGCCAUCACUAAACUCAAGUCAUUGCCGGCCAUGACUUUGAUGGUGAGGAAGGGGGCCGGAAAGGGACUGUUCACCAACGGCACCGGUAGUGGGAAUGGGACCUCCAUUUGUAGCAAUAAUAAUCAUCACAUUAACAAUAACAACGAUUUUAAUAAUAAGCUGAACAAUAAUUACGUACAAAACAAGAAAAAGGUGACGGCUAUCGUACACCAGCACCCGGUGCUCAACGGUAACCCCGGCAACGGACACACAAGAAUGUUAAGCACCGGCAGCUCUAAUGGGUCGCACCGGUCGUCAAGCAUAAGCACCUGUAGCUCAGCGCCGGGCGUUGGUCUCGUGGGGAACGGGAAGUCCGCCAACAAUACGAUUAUAUCAGAUAACGACUACUCAUUGAGCGAAAUGGACGCCAACUGUGUGGAGACGACUGUCCACUCUAUGGCUAAUAGUCUGAGUAAUAGUAAAAUGAAUUCAAUUAAUGGUAACAAUAAUUGCGUGGAAAUGGAUGUGUCGUCGACUGAAUCGCCGCUCAAAAUACUGGAGAAAGUGAAACAACAGGAGGAAAGGCUGGCCGACGAGCGCCGUAAGCUAGAGCUCGAGCAACAAAAACUCAAACUCGAGCUUCAGAAGCUUGAGCUCGAAAAGAAAGAGUUGGAGAAACGGAAACAAUACGAUGAGUGCCACUCACUGUCCAACUGUAGUAUCAGUAGUGUAUCGAACAGUUCCAGUGGUUCCCAAUCCAUAGGUUUCUUGGAUGAGAUCAAAGCCAUGGGCGAACACAACAAACGAAUGCUCAGACCUGUCAACAGCACCGACACCAAUGGAAAGGGAUCCACGAAUGGGCCGCAAAUGAAUGGCAAAGUCAUCCCUAAUAACAGAUUAGUGGCCAAUAAAGGGGAUAAUAAUAAGGAUGAUAAACAUAAGCAGCAUGAGCUAUUGAUGGAGGAGUUCCGGAGAGCGCACCGGCGUAUGUUUGGGGACACGGAUAGGGCUACCGGUGCCGACGACUCCCAGUCAUGUCAUACGACUCCCAGUGAGAGCUCAGCGCCGAAAGUGUCGCCAAAUCCUACAAAUCCUAUGACUGUAAAGGAAACCAUCAAAGAGUCAAAAUCGUUGCCAAUCGCUAACACCGGCGCCAAAACUACCGGUGCGACCCCACAGCCACCGGUGCUCACCAACGGUGGGACAACGGCCACAGCACCGGUAGUCAAGACACCACCAGCUGUACCGGUGAAACGCACGUCGACGGGACCGGUAGUCCAGAUCGGGACGUACGCCAACACCACGUAUAAUGCGAACCGAUUUAUAGCACAAACCCAUAGAAGUGUUAUUCACGUGAGAAGUGAUGACUCGACCCACGAGUGCGUGAAUAGGGAAAGGGAUGUCGUGUCC